CUCACAAUACCUAGCCUUCUGAUGGCAGUUACCUCAAAGGGAUUUAAACGAACCAAAAUGGAAAGCUUUGGAUGAGCAGAGUCCGAGUCUGCCGUCAGUGUGAAGGUUGAGAGUUCAGAAAAGUCUGAAGUGUGGACAGGACCAAUAAGAAGCUACCAUAAGACUAAUUCCCACUCAACAUCAGGAAGAGUUAGCAACAGCGGUCCUAAAACAGAAAGACGGCUUCCAGAAACUGUGGGAAGUGCCUGAAGUGUGGAAGAACUUCAGGAGACUGACUUCUUAGCAUUCCAAAGGCCAAAGUGGGGAAAGACUGAUUUUGAGGAUGUAAUAGUUUUCAGAUGCUUCAAGUGUUGUGAACAGAGACUUGUUUGGAUUAUGUGUUUCUCAGCAAGACUAAAUAAAUGUUAACAAUGGAUAAGUGCAAACACAUUGGUCAGUUGCGGCUUGCUCAAGACCAUUCCAUCCUCAACCCUCAGAAAUGGCAUUGUGUGGACUGCAAUACAACUGAGUCGAUUUGGGCUUGCCUUAGCUGUUCCCAUGUUGCCUGUGGAAGAUAUAUUCAAGAACAUGCACUCAGGCACUUUCAAGAAAGCAGUCAUCCUGUUGCAUUGGAGGUGAAUGAGAUGUAUGUUUUUUGUUACUUUUGUGAUGAUUAUGUUCUUAAUGAUAACGCAACUGGAGACCUGAAGUUACUACGAAGUACGUUAAGUGCGCUCAAGAGUCAGAAUUAUCACUGCCCCACUGGGAGCGGAAGGGUCUUACGGUCUGCGGGUACACGCGAUGACUCUUAUUUCUUACAUGAUGGCGCCCAAUCUCUGCUUGAGAAUGAAGAUCAGAUGUCUACUGCUGUCUGGCACCGGAGAAGGAUACUAAUGGGUAAAAUCUUUCGAACUUGGUUUGAACUAUCACCCAUUGGAAGAAAAAGGCAAGAAGAACAAUUUCAGGAAAAAAUAGCAGCAAAAAGAGAAGUGAAGAAACGACGGGAAGAAUUAGAGUAUGAAGUUAAAGCAGAAUUGGAAAGUAUGCCUCCAAGAAAGAGUCUACGUUUGCAAGGUCUAGCCCAGUCCACCACACUAGGAAUAGUUCCUGUUCAAGUACCGCUACCAACCCCAGCCUCACCAGCAAAAGAUAAAGUAUUAUCUACCUCAGAAGAUGUAAGAUUAAGAAAAGCCAGUGACUUCUCAGUUAAACGAACACUAGUAGUAACUCCUGGUGUAACGGGAUUGAGAAAUUUGGGAAAUACUUGCUACAUGAAUUCUGUUCUUCAGGUGUUGAGUCAUUUACUUAUUUUUCGACAAUGUUUUUUAAAUCUUGAUCUGAACCGAUGGCUGGCCGUGACAGCUAGUGAUAAGACAAGAUCAUCUUAUAAGCGUCUACCAGCCACCGAUACCGUAUAUCAAAUGAACGAAUACCAAGAAAAAGAUACAGGAUCUUUUCGCUCCAGACGUCCAAGUUUAUCAUUAGGACUAAGUGGUGGAGCAUCAAAGAGUAGAAAGAUGGAACUUAUUCAGCUGAGGGAGCCAAGUUCACAAUGCAUUUCUCUCUGUCAUGAAUUGCAUACUUUGUUCCAGGUCAUGUGGUCUGGAAAGUGGGCCUUGGUCUCACCAUUUGCCAUGCUACACUCAGUGUGGAGACUAAUUCCUGCUUUUCGUGGUUAUGCUCAACAAGAUGCUCAGGAAUUUCUUUGUGAACUUUUGGAUAAAAUACAACAUGAACUAGAGACAACUGGUACCAGUUUACCAGCUCUUAUCCCCACUUCUCAAAGGAAAGCUAUCAAACAGGUUCUGAAUGUUGUGAAUAACAUUUUUCAUGGACAACUUCUUAGUCAGGUUACAUGUCUGGCGUGUGACAACAAAUCAAAUACCAUAGAACCUUUCUGGGACUUGUCACUGGAAUUUCCAGAAAGAUACCAGUACAGUGGAAAAGAUACUGCUGCCCAGCCAUGUCUGGUGACUGAAAUGUUGGCCAAAUUCACAGAAACUGAAGCUUUAGAAGGAAAAAUCUACAUAUGCGACCAGUGUAACUCAAAGCGUAGAAGGUUUUCCUCAAAACCAGUUGUCCUCACAGAAGCCCAAAAGCAGCUUAUGAUUUGCCACCUGCCUCAGGUGCUCAGACUACAUCUCAAACGAUUCAGGUGGUCAGGACGUAACAACCGAGAGAAGAUUGGCGUUCAUGUUGGCUUUGAAGAAAUCUUAAACAUGGAGCCCUAUUGCUGCAGGGACUCCCUGAAAUCCCUCAGCCCAGAAUGCUUUAUCUAUGACUUAUCUGCUGUGGUAAUGCACCAUGGGAAAGGAUUCGGCUCAGGACACUACACUGCCUACUGCUACAACUCUGAAGGAGGGUUUUGGGUACACUGCAAUGAUUCCAAGCUAAGCAUGUGCACUAUGGACGAAGUCUGCAAGGCCCAGGCUUAUAUCUUGUUUUACACCCAGCGAGUCACUGAGAACGGGCGUCCUAAACUCCUGCCUCCAGAACUCCUGUCUGGUAGCCAGCAUCCCAGUGAAGAAGCUGAUCCCUCUUCUAAUGAAAUCUUUAGCUGAUCCAAAGACAGUGGGGCUUUCUUCAUUCCAUCUGUAUAUAUACUUUUUAAAAGGGCUGAUUUACAGUUUUGAACUUCAUUGUUUUUAUUUUUUACUUAUGAAUCAGUGCACACUGUUUUUAUACAUUUGUAUCUAACUACAACAAAACUUUUUAGAGACAGUUAGCAGAAAUACUUGUUUAUGUAUGACAGCCGGAAACCAAACCUUUUUCAAGUACUUGGGAGUACUUUUAGAGUUUACCUCAGUCUGGUGUUACCUCUUUUAUACUUUAGUGUCUUAAUUGGCUCAGAUCAUGAAUUUGUGCAAUCUUCUACUGAAGAAGUUCAGGUGGCAUCAUUUUAUACAUUUCUUAUCUUUUGUAGCUAUUUUCUAUACAAAUUCUUAUUAGAUAGAAAAUUAGACACUUUCUUCACUAAUAGUCUUACCAAAACAAAAAUUUGUAUAUUGAAAUCACUUUUGCCCCUUGAAGGGAGUCAAAACUACUACAUUCGAAAGUGAAAUAUCAAGGUAUCACCUAGAUAUUCAUCAGUAAUACUCAUUGAUAUCCCUGAAGCUUUGUGUUAUAGGGCUCAGAACAGACAUUACUCUGGUUAAUAGAACUUCAUUUUUUCAAAACUGUAUUAAGUUUGAAUAAUUGUUUAUUUGGCAUAGUCAAACUGUAUGCAAAUACAAAGGACAGCUUUAUAAAUAGUAUGUUUAAAUGACUUCAGUAAUAUGGUCAUAAAAACGAUGAUGGAUGGGACUUAUAAUGAUGAUUUGUCUGGCAGCAACCAGGUUUGUCCAGAUUCUAAUAAAGCAGUCAUAUCAAAAAUUUGAAUUUAGCAAAUAAUGUUAUGAUUAUGCAAGUACAGUUUAACUUGGAUAUGAGUUCAUUUUAUAUGUUUAACAUUAGAUCUCUUAAAGCUUUGUACCAUAUAUCUUGAGAUUUUUAGUUUAAAGGAAUAAAAGUAAGUCUUGAAGAAAAAAAACUGCAUAGGGCAGAGAUAAUUGUUCAAAAUGGAAAACUGGGCAACAUAUUCAAUAUCUCAUUUUUCUAAAUAAAUAAAGCCUAGAGUACUUACUCUUGCCAGGAUUAUGUGAAUACUAGGAACCUCUUAGUCAAACACUGGGCCCUGACAUUUUUUUUUAAUUAAAAAUUAUCUAAACUUGCAUUAAAAAUAUAGUAUGAAAUACUCUUUGCUCUUCCCUAAGACUCUUAUAGAUCUCUUUAAAAAUCCUACUGCUGCUAACUUAAUUUUAUUCAGGAGGAGGAUCCACUAACCUCUGUAGAUCUGCUGUGCAAGAUCUUAGCUCAGUGGCAACCACUGGAAGAUCAUUUAUCCCUUUUUUCUUAAGUUUGCUUGCAGGUUGAAAUCUUAAUGAAAGGUAAUAUCCUGCAGAAUGUGGUUCUCCCUCCAGUGAUCAUCUAUAAGUAUAAGCUUGAAAAGGACCUCUAUUAGCAAAUUCUCCUUAAAUUUCAAAGAACAAGUCAUCUGAGGCAGCUAGCUGAUUGUGAAGUGCAAUGAGAACUUAUCACUGAACAGGCAAAUCAUUUAUGCCAAAAAUACAGCUUAAGUAUUAAAUGGCUAAGGUUUAAAAUUGUUCAUUUAUUAAAUACCUAUGCAAGUUGUUACCUCAACUGUUAACAUAAUUAUACCUCAUUAAAGAUUUAUGUGGUCAAGA